UUUCGUUUCGUGUUGCCAAAAAGGUUGUUUAAACAAAUCUCAUCAUUGUUCAUCAUCGUUUUUUGUUUUGUUUUGUUUGAUAUUCGCCACAAAGCAUUUGGUCAUCAUCAUAACGAUCAUUAUCAUCCAUUGGAGUGAAUCCAAUGUUGAACAUUUUCAUCCAAAAAAUCUAUGUGAAUCUUUCCCGAGAAACAACCCGAAUAACAAAAUGAUUCGUACCAAUAUUGAAAAAAAACCAUCAAAACAUGGUUCAACAACAACAACAACAACGACGACAUCGUUUAGAGCACCACCAUCAAGAGAUGCUAAUAAUUAUUAUCACCAAAACCAGCAACAACAAAAACAUCAUGAAAAUAUUAAUCGAUCUCGUUCAAAUUUUGAUGGUGAUGAUAAUGAAAUUAUCUAUGAUGAAACAUGGCCACUUGAUCAAGUGAUUAAUAAAAUUGAUUUAAAAUCUGAUGAUAGUGAUAAUGAUGAUGAUAAUCGACCAUAUAAUAUUGAAAUUGAAAAUUGGCAUAGUGGACCACAAUUAUUAUCAAAUACAUUUGAUUCGGGUAGAAAUUUAAAACGUUUACCUGGAAAUGGUCAAUUGUAUUCAUCAUGGAAUCAAGGAUCAAAAACAUGGAAAGAUAAAUCCGUACAACAUCGUAAAUAUAAAAUUAAAAAAAAUCCAUCCAUAACAAAAUUAAAUAAAUCUAUUGGUUCUUCUUUAUCCUAUGAUAUGAACAAUAAUUAUUUGGACAUGGAUAUAACCUAUGAUAAUGAUAAUGAUAAUGUUGAUUUUAUUGAUGAUUAUGAUUCAUCAAUAUUAUUACGUGAUGUUGGUAUACAAUGUAAUCUGAAAAAAUAUCCCGAAUCUAUUAUUGAUUCGAUAAAAAAUGAAUUCACAACAACAGCACCGAAAAUGAUUGUCACAAAUAAACCACCAAUCAAAGUAAUAAAAUCAUCAAAUAAUGGUAUUGUUUCUACAUUUAGUGAUGUUCCAAAAUUAUCAUCACCAAGUCCAAUCGAUUUAGAUUUAGAUUUAGAUCAACGAUCAUCAUCAAUUCGAAGUACGGAUGUUAUUUAUAGUCAAAUUGAUAAAAGUCAUAAAAGUAACAAUAAUCGUAAUGGUGGUGGUGGUAAUAUCAAUAUUGUUUAUAAACAACCAUUAAAUAUUAGUAAACAGCAACAAACAUCAUUCGAUGAUAAUUCAAAUAGCAUGUAUGAUAUUAAAACCAAACAAUUUGGAUUUGAUUUAAAUAAUCCAAAUUUUCGAAAAAUUCCAUUACCAAAUCCGAAUGAAAAUCUAUGGCCAGAAUCAUCAUCAUUAAAUCAAUCAACAAUCAAUCAAAAACAACCAAAAUAUGAUAAAGAAGUAUUGGAAGAAACAAUUUCCAUUUCAAAUUCAUCAACCGAUGAAUCUUUAAUUCAUAAUCACGAUAUUAGAAUGAAACCAAAAGAAUCACGUAAAAUGAAGAAUAAAAAUAAUUCAAUGAUUGGUCAUCAUAAGAAAAAUGAUGAAAAUAUUUUACUUGAAAAUAAUUCCUUACGAUUAAAAUCAUCAAAAUCACCAUAUUCUGAACGUUUACAUAAAAGUAAUGCAGAUUUACGUGAACAAUUUCUACAAGAUGAAACAAGAGGUGGUCUGGCUGCUGCUUAUAAAAAUCGACAACAACAAAAACAACACCAACAACAACAACAACAAAAUAAUCGUCAUAGAACUUUAUCAUUAAAUCGAAUGAAUGCUGCUAAUGUUAUUAGUAAUGAUGAAAAUCGUCAACAACAACACUAUCCACCUGUAACAGUGAAACCAAAUCGUCAUUUAAGCCAAAGUCAUUUGAGUUCAAGAUAUUCAGAUUUAGGUGUUGAAAAUGGUCAACAUUCACAUCCACCUCGAUCAUUAUCAUCAUCAUCACGUUCAAGAUCUGUUCAUCAUGAAAGAGAUCCAAUUGUUAUGUUAAUACCACCAGCAAAUCAUCAUAAUGAUCAAUCACAACGUUUAACAAGUAUAUUAAGAAAUAAUUCAACAAAAAGUAAUAUUACUGUACAAUCAAAGGCGAAAAAAUCAUCCAGACCACAACUAAAAAGUCAAAGUAAAAUUAAUUUGAAAGAUUUUUCCACCAAUGCAGAUAGUAAAAAAAGUAACAGUGAAAAACAACAACGUGUUGUUGAUCUAAAUCGUCGUUAUUCAAUGCCAAAAGAUACUAAAUUCAAUUGGCUUAAUAAAUUUAAGCUAAAAAAAUAAAAAAUGUGUCCCUUCCGGCAAUCUGUGACUAAGGAAUUAUCAGUUUGCAAUCAUUUUCCCCUUAUCAAAUUCGGAUGUUAUGAUUAGAAAAAAAUAGAC